UCCUUCGCCUAUCUAGAGCUCUCCGUCACCGAUGAUCCGCUCUCAGGGUCUAGCUCGCCUAACAAGCUGGCAGCUACCCCGAUGCAGUUCUCCGACGAUGAGGAUCCCUCCCAAGGAUUGGAGUCUCACGAGGUGUCCGAGGCUGAGGGCGACAUCCCCGCCAUUGAUGGCACGGGGCCAAUGGCUGAUGAGGACAACGUAGAGCUGGAGGAAGGCAUGCUUCCCCGCGACUUGCAGCGCAAGACGACCUUCUACGACCCCGUGGCUGAGCGGCACAUGACCCAGACCGAUGCCAAACUCUUCUACCAGCGCCAGCGACAGAACUGGGGCGAAGGCAGCCCUGUCAUCUCUGGACGGACGGGCAGCGGGGGUGAAGAUCUGAUGCACGGCCAUCAACCGCCAGGCCAGCAUGACCCCACCUCGCUGGGCUCGCCUGCGCUUUCGGCCAAAAAGAGCAUUGAGCACUUUUCUGGCAACCUACCCAACUUGGACGCUGGCCUCCAACGAAACAGUGGCACGUUUGGCAGCAGCAAUACGCUUGUCAACCAGCUGUCGCACCAGCUACAGGGAUUGGGCUCAUCCAAGUACAACCAGCCCGAGCCACCGACUAGCAACCCCGCUGUGCCGGUGCUACCCGGAGUCAAUGCGCCGCCGGGUAUCGGCAGCGCCACCUUCAACGAUGCCGACCCCUCCGUUACGGCAGAGCUGAGCUCCAUCUUUAAGAGCGUUCGGGACCUGCUCGAGAUUCGUCACAAGUACCUUGCGCUGUCGUUGCAGAACCCGGGUGACAAUCCCAAAGAUGAUCCAAGCUGGAACAUCUACCCGUCGCCUCCCGAGCCGGCCUGGAUCGAGGCCAAGGAGAGGGCCGUUGCAAGCGGCUCGCAGCCAGCAAGCAUGACCAAUAGUAUGGUCCUGGGCGGCGACCCUGACCUGGCGACUAAGCUUCACAAGAAGCGGAAGCCUGGGCAAGACAUUGGUGAAGAUUUUGAUAUGAACGACGUGCUGCCGCUGCCGGGCUCCUGUGAAAUGGAUUACCGCAUGGACAGCAAUGGCGUUUACCAGGUCUAUGCAACUCCGGAAUCUGCAGAGCCCAUUGUCAACAUCCCCACACUGCGCCAAUUCUAUAUUGACCUGGACAAGAUAUUGUCGGUUGCCGCAGACGGCCCCAGCAAGAGCUUUGCAUACCGACGCCUACAGUAUCUGGAGGGCAAGUUCAACCUCUACACCCUACUGAAUGAGUAUCAAGAGACGGCGGACAGCAAACGGGUGCCUCACCGUGACUUUUACAACGUGAGGAAGGUCGACACCCACGUUCACCACUCUGCCUGCAUGAACCAGAAGCACCUGCUUCGUUUCAUCAAGAGCAAGAUGAAGAAGUGUCCCGACGAGAUUGUGCUGUACCGAGACGGCAAGAACCUUACACUUGCUCAGGUGUUUGAGAGUAUUAACCUUACUGCAUACGACCUCAGCAUCGACACUCUGGAUAUGCAUGCGCAUACCGACUCGUUCCACCGCUUCGACAAAUUCAACCUCAAGUACAACCCCAUCGGCGAGUCGCGGUUACGUACAAUCUUCCUCAAGACGGACAAUGACAUCAAGGGCCGCUAUUUAGCUGAGAUCACCAAAGAGGUCAUUGCCGACUUGGAGUCUAGUAAAUACCAGAUGGUGGAGUGGCGCAUCUCAAUAUACGGCAGGUCUCUGGAUGAGUGGGACAAGCUGGCAGGCUGGAUCGUCGACAACAAGCUCUUCUCGCACAACGUGCGCUGGCUUAUACAGAUUCCUCGCCUAUACGACGUAUAUAAGGCUAGCGGCCUCAUGGACAACUAUGAGCAAAUCGUCAGGAACAUUUUCCAGCCCCUGUUCGAGGUCACGAAAGACCCUCAGAGUCACCCUAAACUACACGUGUUUCUUCAGAGGGUCAUUGGCUUCGACAGUGUUGACGACGAGAGCAAGGUCGAGCGCCGGCUGUUCAAGAAGUUUCCGGUUCCCAGUGAAUGGAAUUCGAAGCAGAACCCGCCGUACAGCUAUUGGAUCUACUAUCUCUUCUCAAACAUGUCCUCGCUCAACACCUUCCGCAAACAACGUGGUUUGAACACGUUUGUCCUUCGACCGCACUGUGGAGAGGCAGGAGAUAGUGAGCACAUGGCGGUGGCGGCCCUUUGCUCUCACAGCAUCAGUCACGGCUUGCUGCUCCGCAAGGUGCCCAUCCUGCAGUACAUAUUCUAUCUGGACCAGAUUGGCAUUGCCAUGUCGCCGCUCAGUAACAACGCACUCUUUCUCGCGUACGAGCGGAAUCCGUUUCACCAGUACUUCAAACGCGGGCUCAACGUGUCGCUCUCGACCGACGAUCCCCUCCAGUUUGCCUUUACCAAGGAGCCGCUUAUGGAGGAGUAUGCGGUCGCGGCGCAGAUUUACAAGCUCAGCUCCGUAGACAUGUGCGAGUUGGCCAAGAACUCGGUCAAGCAAAGCGGUUACGAGAGGUCGGUGAAGGAGCAAUGGCUCGGGCCCAAUUUCGAUCUCCCUGGCGCAAAGGGCAACACCAUGGCCAAGACAAACGUGCCAGAUAGGCGGGAGGAGUUCAGGUACCAGACCUUGUUGGAAGAGCAACAAAUGGUCGCCAAGUACGCCUCUUAUACGCUGGACGCAAACGGCAUCCUGGUGCAAUCGGACACACAGAGCACCAGACCCACGGGCCCAUUGGGUCAGACCCCGCCCACUAGCUUCCAAAAGACAAUGGAGACGACCGCGAGGGAUGCCACCACUCCAAGCCCGGUACAGCGCGGCGCGGCGCCUGCAGGUGAAGGAAGCUUGCCAAACAUGUCAUCCCCACAGGGGGCGAGUCGCGAGGGCUGGACCUCGGAUUCCACUUCGGAUGUGCACAUCUCUGGAAGUCAACCUAGGUUCUUCCCAGGCGUAGUUGCUAGAAGCCAGACGCGAAGCGGAACGCGGCAGAGUUCGAUGCACGAGUCUGACGAUGCUUCCGUGGCGGGUAUGGGCAGGAGCCCGAAGAAGUGA